AUGGCUAAUGUGGGUUUUUGCGGUUUGAAGCCAAUGCUCUUUCGCCGCAAGACGAAUAUUUUUGAGGGAAUAAAAGCGUUUGGGUCGCCCAAGAAGUCUUCAAGGGUAAGGGAAAAGGAAAAAGAAAAGAAAAGGAGCAAACCGAACACUAAUAAUAAUAAUGAUAAUAAAUGUUAUAGUAAGUGUAUACCAAAAUCCGCUAUUAAAAUUAUCCACAAAUAUAAUGGAGAUUCAACGGAGCUGUCAUUUAUAGGAGCAGACCAAUUGAUUUUAAUGGUAGAGAUCCAUAAGAAGAUAAUGUCAUUCAGGGACAUCAUGGAUCUUUCUCUAUGUAACAGCUCUGCUUCCUUACGUGAGAUUGUAUUGAAAACCUUGGAGGAUCUCCAGAAGGUUUAUCCAGCAAUCAUACCGAGAAAGGAAGUGGCAAAGAUUAAAGACAAGUCUACAGAUCAGGCUAUGGCGUAUUUAUGCUCGGCGUUGAAGUGUCUGGGAGAGUCGUGGAUGGAGAACAAUGAUUUGAAGGAAAAGCUGAAAAUCGUGCUACCAACAUGCAAGGAUGAAGGCAACAUGAGCAAAAUUGGUGAAAGCAUGUUGGUGACACUAGAGAGCUUGAUGAAGUUGGCAAGUGAGAGGUUCGAUGACGUGGAAGAAGAAGAAGAAGAGGAGGAGGACUUCUCUCUUUCGUCUUCUCCGAUGACACCAACAUCAGUUCUUCCGAAUAAUCCAUGCACCUCUCCCCUUCUUUAUUCCCUCAGGGUUCAAGCCGUCGGCAAACUCAACCCUAUCGAUAUCAAGCGCUUGUCUUUUCACAUGUCACCAACGCGCAUCAAGCUUCAAGAGGAACAACACCUUAACAAUCAACCAAUGGAGGAACAAACUACUUCUCACCAACUAGAGUUUGAUUUCGACACUAGAAUUCACCAACCUCCAACUUUAACAUCAAAUCCCAAUCCACCACCAAUACCUUCACUUCUACCACCACCACCACCACCACCACCACCUCCAGUACUCAAUGGAGGAUCAGUUGUAGCACUACCACCUCCGCUGCCACCUUCUUCUCCACCAGCACCACAACUACCUGGAAUAGCAGAUGCAAUCUUGCCACCGCCACCAAUGCCGCCGCGUGGAGGUGGAGGAUCGCCACCACCUCCUCCUCCCGGCGGAGUAGGGAGUAGGUCCUUGCGCGCCAAGGCAACUACUAAGUUGAAAAGGUCAGCCCAAUUAGGCACCCUUUACCGAACUCUUAAGGGAAAAUUGGAAGGCUCUAGCGUCACCAACAAAUCCUCCGGCGGGAGGAGGGUCGCGGCUGCCGCCACCGGAGCUGGAAAACAAGGAAUGGCCGAUGCUUUAGCUGAGAUGACAAAGAGAUCCACUUACUUCCAACAAAUAGAAGAAGAUGUUGAGAAGUACACAAAACAAAUCGUAGAGCUGAAGACUGUUCUUACCAACAUGAAGAUAAACGAAAUGGCCGAACUGAAAAAGUCUCACAGGGAAGUUGAAUCCGUUCUUGAGAAACUCACUGAUGAAUCACAGGUGCUAGCGCGGUUUGAAGGUUUCCCCACAAAGAAGUUGGAAGCUCUAAGAAUGGCAGCAGCAAUGUACGAUAAGUUGGAUUCAAUACUCUCUGAACUUCGAAAUUGGAAUCUUGUGUCUCCAUUGGCUCACCAACUUGACAAGGUUGAACGUUACUUCAACAAGAUCAAAACCGAUUUAGAUGCCUUGGAACGAACCAAAGAUGAAGAAGCAAAGAAACUUAAAAGCCAUAACAUCGAAUUCGACUUCCAUAUUCUUGUAAAAAUCAAGGAAGCAAUGGUGGACGUUUCUUCAAAUUGCAUGGAGUUAGCACUAAAGGAGAAGCGAGAUAAUGACGGUAGCAAGAACGAAGCAGCAAAACAAGAAUGUUGCAAAUUGCUAUGGAAGGCAUUCCAAUUUGCUUUCAGAGUCUAUACAUUCGCUGGUGGACAUGAUGAUCGUGCUGAUAGGCUAACAAGAGAACUAGCACAGGAAAUAGAGAAGAACCCUAUUUCAAUCAUGAACAAAGAAAAGAAAAUUGCAUGAUAUAAUUAAUAAUAUGGAGUUAAAAAGAACAAAAAAAAAAUCUGGUUUCAAACCCAUAUAUGUAUAUAUAUGAGGUCCCCUUUAUUUAUUUAUUUUUAUUAGCUCCAAAAAGCCAUGUGUAUAGUAAAUGUUGCUUGGCGACUUGGAGAUUAAAUCUUAAAAUUUUUUUAUUAGGAACUAGUCAUGC